CACUGUUAACUCGAAAGAGGUAUUAUCAAACUAUCUCCAAACAAUUGAGCCAUGGGAGAAGUGGAUCCUGCAUUCAUCCAAGCCCUUGAACACCAGCCUAAAAUUAUCAUCACUGAAGCCGAAGGCAUCCCGUUAAUUGAUCUUUCUCCAUUGAUUUCCUGUAAUACUGAGGCUGAGGAUUCAAGUUUAGUAGCUGAGAUAGGUGAUGCUUGCAAGAACUGGGGUUUUUUCCAGGUGAUCAACCAUGGAGUGCCAUUAAAGUGCCGUGAAAAGAUUGAAUCAGCGGCGAGGAAAUUCUUUGGUUUGUCGAAUGAGGAGAAGAAGAAGGUCAGUAGAAAUGAAGUCAAUCCUUUGGGAUAUUAUGAUACUGAGCAUACUAAAAAUGUGCGGGACUGGAAAGAAGUGUUUGAUCUUACUGUAAAGAAACCCACAAUUAUACCAUCUUCUCAUCAGUCUGAUGACAAGGAGCUGAACCAGUUGAUGAAUCAGUGGCCCGAAGAUCUUCCAGAGUUAAAAGAGGCUUGUGAAGAAUAUGCUGAAGAAAUGGCAAAACUAGCUUUCAAACUACUCGAAUUCAUCGCCUUGAGCUUAGGCUUGCCAAAAACUCGGUUGAGUGGAAUCUUCAAGGAUCAUGAUAGCUUUCUGAGGCUCAAUCACUAUCCUCCAUGUCCUGCUCCUCAUUUAGUGCUCGGUGUUGGUCGACACAAGGACCCCAAUGCUUUGACCAUUCUUGGCCAAGAUGAGGUUGGAGGACUAGAAGUGAAGAGGAAAGCAGAUGGAGAGUGGAUUCCUGUUAAACCUACUCCUAAUGCUUAUAUCAUCAACGUCGGUGACCUGAUCCAGGUUUGGAGCAAUGAUGAAUAUGUAAGUGUGGAACACAGAGUGAUCGUCAAUUCUGAGAAGGAAAGAUUAUCGAUUCCGUUCUUCCUGAAUCCACCAAAUUCAACUUGGGUGGAACCCCUGGAGGAGCUAAUAAACAAGCAAAACCCUGCCAAGUACAAGCCUUAUAACUGGGGAGAGUUUUUGGCCAAAAGGGCACGUAGUAACUUCGAGAAACUUGACGUUGAAAACAUUCAAAUAUCUCAUUUCAGGAUUUAGACUUUAGACGAAGUUACUUCUGUUUAAAGGAAUAUAUGUGUGUAUGUGCUAUGUAUUUCUCACUUUGGCUCUCUCGAGUAAGCUUAUAUUCUGUGAAUAAAUAAUAUUUUCAGAAAUAAA